AUGUCGCUGCCUGCUUUCAACACUGAUGCCGGCUUGGCCCUGCUCGACACACACGUUGGCACCCGCUCCUACAUCAACGGGUGAGUCUUGACUUGCACCACCACAUGUUGCAGGACCUUAGUAUCUGGUGAAGGGAAAAGAAAGCGGGCAGGGAAGGCUGUCGCGCUUUCCCGUGCUUACCGCAAUCCAAUCAUGAAGAGAUGAUUCAUCGCUUUGGUCCGUGUUUCCGAGCCCCAAUGCGGCUUAAGACCCCGCGCUUCUUUGCUCUGACGAAAACGCAUCUACCAAGCUCUCUGAUCAUGAUUUGGUGCUGCGGCAUAGUAUAAAGGAGGGCCUAGUGGCAGGUCUCUGGUAGCAGUGAGCUUCCUGGCCAGAGAGCUCGUUUCGCUAGCAACGGUCUUGGGUUUGGCUGCAUGCUGAGGCGAUUCCUGCACGACAUCACGUUGCCAGCCGCAAUGCUGACAUGCGAGGCCCUCCUUUUCAGCUUCACUGCAUCUCAGGCAGAUGUGGCCGUCUACGAGCAAGUAGGUUCUCGUCCUUCCGAGGACAAGUACCCUCACGCUGCUCGUUGGUGGGACCACAUUGAGAGCUACAAAGCCGAGCACUCUACUCUUGCAGGCGACAAGACUGCCGCAGCUGCCGCUUUUGCGUGAGUAGUAGCAUCAGAUGCGUCAUUGCGCGCUUAUGUUCAGGUGACUGACUAGGCAGACUCUGCAUCGGGCCUAACCCGCAAGUCACCUCGCUGCCAGCGGAUCUACCCCUGCUGCCAAGCCCGCUGCCAAGGAGGACGAUGAUGACGACGAUGUCGACCUUUUCGGUUCCGACGAUGAAGUAGACGAGGAGGCUGAGCGCAUCAAGGCGGAGCGUGUCAAGGCGUACGAGGCCAAGAAGGCCAACAAGGGUCCUGGGCCCGCCGCCAAGUCUGUCGUCACUCUGGAAGUCAAGCCUUGGGACGAUGAGACGGACAUGGCCGAGUUGGAAAAGAACUUGCGAAGCAUCGAACAGGAUGGUCUGGUUUGGGGCGCCAGCAAGUUGGUGCCUGUCGGCUACGGUGUCAGCAAGCUGCAGAUCACUCUUGUCGUGGAGGAUGCCAAGGUUUCCCUCGACGCCCUUCAAGACCUCAUCGCAGAGGACGAGGAUCACGUUCAGUCUAGCGACGUCGCUGCCAUGCAGAAGCUCUAG